AUGGCGGCGGCUUCGGGGCGGCGGCGGCCGGCGCCGGUGGGGCAGGAUGAGCUGCGGCGGCUCAUGAGGGAGAAGCAGCGCCAGACGGAGGCGGCGGGGAAGAAGAAGAAAGUCGACUCGCCCUUCGCCAGAUAUAACAGUUUGGGAAACUUAAGUUGCUCUUUGUGCAAUGUGCCUGUGAAGAGUGAACUGUUGUGGCAAACACAUGUUCUUGGAAAGCAACACAAAGAGAAAGUUGCACAGGUAAAGGGUCUCAAGCAGUCAGCACCGGGGCCCACUCUUGAUGCUUCAUCUUCUCUCAAAAGGAAAGUCGCAGAUACAGAAUCUCCAGAGCAGAAAAAAGCAAAAGCUGCAGUCGACAGCCUGCAAACGGUUGCAUCUGGGCUGCCGGGAGACUUUUUUAGCCAAACGAAACCAGCGGAUGCAGAAAGAGACUCUUCAAAAGAUUCAAACCGCAGUUUAUUGCUGGAAGGCUAUGAAGAGGAAGAGGAGGAUGAGGAAGAGGAAGAAGAAGAGAUGACAGAAGCCAAAAAGCACAGCAGCAAACUGCCUCUUUCACCCGCUGUUCAGGAUACGACGCCCGCCCCUCUUCAGAAAGCAGCAGCUGCUACUGUGGGAGCGUCAGACCACUUGGAAAACAAAACUGCAGCAGCCCCAGUGCAUCUGGUCUCCCAUUCUGGCUCAAUACAGAAAGCAGAAGUACAAGAAAAGAUUGUGGAGAGGAGAGAAAACACAGCCGAAGCCUUACCAGAGGGUUUUUUUGAUGAUCCUGAAGUGGAUGCAAAGGUGCGAAAGGUUGAUGCGCCGAAAGAUCAGAUGGACAAAGAAUGGGAUGAAUUCCAGAAGGCCAUGCGACAAGUCAACACGGUUUCAGAAGCUAUAGUGGCCGAAGAAGAUGAGGAAGGGCGACUCGAUCGUCAGAUUGGGGAAAUUGAUGAACAGAUUGAAUGCUUCCGCCGGGUCGAGCAGCUGCGUGACCGCCAGGAGAUCAUGAGAGAGAAGCUGAAGGAAGCACUGCGCCUGAGAGCCAGCCAGGCAAGGGAGGACGACGACCUCGGCAGUGAGGACGAAGGGGAGCUGCAGGACUUGCUCUCCCAGGACUGGAGGGCAAAAGGGACACUCUUGUAG